UCCCCGCCUGGGACGUGGCUGAGAAGGAGAGUGACGGAGCCGAGCACGGAGCGGCCGCGACCUGCGCGUGGUGGUGGUGGUGACGGUGGUGAGGGUGGUGGUGGUGGUGACGGUGGUGAGGGUGGUGGUGGUGGUGACGGUGGUGAGGGUGGUGGUGACGAGCCAUGGCCCAAGGGAAACGCGGCGCCAGCUCAGCCGACGAGACCCCCAACACCAUCGUGUACAGGAAGGAGGAGCAGAUGGAGGAGGUGGUGAGGAAGAUGCAGGACGAGACGAGCGGAGUUCCCAUCCGCACGGUCAAGAGCUUCCUCUCCAAGAUCCCCAGCGUCGUCACCGGUGCGGACAUCGUCCAGUGGCUCAUGAGAAACCUCAUCAUUGACGACCCAGCGGAGGCGCUGCAUCUGGGCACGCUCGUGUCUGCUCACGGAUAUUUCUUCCCGAUCUCGGACCACGUGCUCACCCUGAAAGACGACAACACCUUCUACCGGUUCCAGACGCCCUACUUCUGGCCCUCCAACUGCUGGGAGCCGGAAAACAUCGACUACGCCGUGUACCUGUGCAAGAGGGCGAUGCAGAACAAGGCUCGCCUGGAGCUGGCCGACUACGAAGCCGAGAGUUUGGCGCGAUUGCAGAGGGCCUUCGCUCGCAAGUGGGAGUUCAUAUUCAUGCAGGCCGAAGCACAGGCCAAGGUGGACAAGAAGAGGGACAAGGUGGAGAGGAAGAUCCUGGACAGUCAGGAGCGAGCCUUUUGGGACGUGCAUCGCCCUGUGCCUGGCUGUGUGAACACCACCGAGGUCGACAUCAAGAAGUCGUGCCGCAUGCGCAACCCUCGCAAAACGCGGAAGUCUGUGUACAACCUGCAGAACGAUGCGCGGACACACAGCCCCGUGCGGUCCCCGUCACCUGGAAGGAAACCUCCCACGGAGGAUGAACUCAGGCAGCAGAUCAAGUACCUUUAUAUGCAACUGGACCGGCAUUGUUUGAAGAUGUCGAAGGUCACGGAAAGCCUCAUCAGCUACACGGAGCACUACGCCGAGUACGAUCCGCUCAUCGUGGCGCCGGAGUCGUCCAACCCGUGGGUGACCGACGACACGGCGCUCUGGGACAACGACGGCAGCAAGGAGCCGAGCCAGCAGCGCGUGCGCCGCUGGGGCUUCUCCAUCGACGAGGUGCUCAAGGACCAGCUCGGCCGCGAGCAGUUCCUCACCUUCCUCAAGUCCGAGUUCAGCUCCGAGAACCUGCGGUUCUGGCUGGCGGUGCAGGAGGUGAAGCGGAGGGCGGUGCGGGAGGUGGCCCCCCGCGUGCAGGAGAUCUGGGGCGAGUUCCUGGCGCCCGGAGCCCCGAGCCCCAUCAACCUGGACUCGCAGAGCUACGACCGCACCACGCAGAGCGUGCAGGACCCCGGCCGCUACACCUUCGAGGAGGCGCAGGAGCAGAUCUACAAGCUGAUGAAGUGCGACAGCUACGCGCGCUUCCUGCGCUCCAACGCCUACCAGGAGCUGCUGCAGCCCAAGAAGAAGGCUAAAAUGCUGACCGCCAAGAGGCUCACGAGUCUAGUCCAGUCGUCCUAGGCCCAAGGCCUGCUCGGGUCACCGAGCGCCGCCGACUUUCCGUGGCAUCUGCAGAACGGGCACUUCUUUGUUUUUGUUGUUUUUGUUGUUUCCGCCAUUCAAGUAACAAAACUCAACCCGGGGACCGUCGAUCGCUCGACGUCCGUUCCGCUGGACUCGCCGCCGAUGUCUCCUCCUCCUCUUCCGAUGUGAACAUUGACCUCUCGGCCGCCUUUGACCCUCGCCGACCUUUGACCCUCGGGACAAAAUGGGGAAGAGAGAGAGAGGGCGAGAAAAAAAAGCAUUUCUCUGCCCUCCGGUCGUGCGGCGUUUCUCAUGGUCGUCGUCAUCAUCGUCGUCGUCGUCUUCGCCAUCCUCGUCGUCACGGCAGCCGUCGCCGCGCCCGUUCUCUACCGGGCCCCGCACCGACAGCGCCGCUCCGUGCCCCGGCGGGGAUCAGCCGGAAGGGCUGCGGUGGUUUUUCACCGCCGGGCAAAUCACGCCCCGCACGCCACUCACGAGUCGCGCCGGCCUCACCCCUCGUGCUUUCCUCGCCCCGCGGCUCAGCAACCUGCGGCUCCGGAGCCGCGUGCGGCUCUCUAAGGGACCGCCUCGUGACGUCGUUGAUGAAGGACCGCCGUGUCGUAUUCACCCGCAGUGCAUUGUUUUAUUUAUUACACAAGUAACAAAAACGGCCCUCCUUGUUGUUUUGUUUUGCCGAGCCCCUGGUCUAGUGGCUGCCAGGUCAAAUCCAGUCGGAGUUCGUUGUUCCACGUGAUUAUUGAUAUCAUUAUUAUUGUUGUUGGUGUUAUCGUUGUGAAUUUGUACGCCGUCAACAAACUCGCGUGGACGGGAGCCGCUCGUCUCGCCAGCGUCCUGGCAGGGUUCACGCACACGGGGGGCUGGCGGGCGGAGAGCGGGACGGUGGGUGGAUCCACUCUUGAGUAAUUUGUUGCGCGCAACCGAGUCGAUCGCGCGUGGACGUCUCUGCAACCGGUUGCGAGCCGUCGCCGUGGCCGGUCGCCCCCGCGGUGGAGAGACGCCGCCCGGCUUGUCGAGCAGGCGACCUGCCCGGAGAGGCAUGCGGCGAAGUCCGCCAGAACCGCGCGCCGCUUCGUUGCGAUCCCCGGACCGUUCCCCCGUGUCGCUUAGACGCUCCCCCGUGUCGCACGGCCGCUCGCCUCGGGCGAGGACAGAAGAUGGGCGACGGCUACUCGCGGGCGACGGUCACGUGCGAGCUACGGUCACGUGCGAGCGCGAUGAUGAUGAUGAUUUCGAGAUUUGAGGAGCGAUUUUUGCUUUCGUGGCCCGUCGCUCGGGGUAUUGGUGCCCCCCCCCGCCCCCCACCCCCCGCCCCCCCUGGAUAUUAGCCGCGUGUGGGUGGGCUUCAGGAAAUGGACCUGUGGGCGGGGGGGGUAGGCUUCAGAGAGGGAGGGGGGCCCUCACCUGGGCGGCGUUUUUCCCCCUCCCCUCGACCCCCCACCCCCGAGGCCUCCGAUAUGUAGGCGUAAUCCCUGGUGCACAAACCUGGGGGGGGGGGUCCGGGGGGGGGGGCGGGUCGCACAAACCCAGAGCCAGAGCAUGGAGCUGCUGGGGCGCUUGACAAUCGUUUUCUCCCCCGGCCGUCGGCGAGCGCUUAAAAAUAAACAGCCAAAACGGCGGAGACCGCACGCCGCACUGACACCGCCGGGGUCGCAGCGCCGCUCACAGACCACUGCCGGGCCGAGUAGACCGAGCGUGCAGCACGCACACGUGUGUGUGUGUAUGCACGCGUGUGUGUGCACGCGUGUGUGUGCACGCGUCUUAUCUAGCCUAGCCAAGCGGCGGAUAUCGGCAGGUGCUCGCGUUUUAAAAAGGUCGUCCGCUCCCGUCGGUCUGUGGUCUAGAAGGCGCCCCCCCCCCCCGCUAUGAGAUUGGUCUGCUGGUCUGUUGUCCAUUUGCCGAUUGUUAGUGGAGGUGUAGGGUCUGCCGGUCGAGCGUCCCGUGCCAAACCGACAAUUUCAAACCAAUCCCGCUGAGACGUCGGCCCAAUCCGGCAGCAGCAGCGGCGCUGAAAUUCUUGCUUCGAUGGAAACAAAUAAUAAUUGGGAAAAAAAAAUCCGAUCGGUCGCACGUCGUUUUAUUUCAAUCGCCGCAUUCGUUCCCCGGCCGACAAACUCACGGCGUUGGAGAGACUCGCCGGGCCACGCCGCCAGUGCGGGCAGCAAUGGAAAAACCCGUGCCGGAUUCCGAUGGCCGUGCACGUCAGAGGUUCCUGCUCAGGUUCGAGGUGGUGGUGGUGGUGACGGUGGGUGUGUCCUGUAGGCCUACGGGAGCACUGAGCACGCAUCGUGUCGGCUUGCGCUGCAGAGCGCGCUCGCGAUCUCCACUCGGCGAAUUCCGUCGCUGUGUCCGGCGGCGUUCUUCUUCAUCUUCUUAGUUUUUGUGCAAACUUUUGCGAAGGUUGAGCGUUGUCAAAGUCUCCCCCUUGUGUGCAAGGGGGAUGUUCUGCGGGCAUUCUCGCUGAACCGCCCCACAGAAAUUAACGCACCUCGGCGGAUAUUUUAUUCAGAGAGAGGCGUAGUAGCGCCGUUGUUUUUGAAGACGUUACUCACCGCAGAAAACCGUAGCGACACGACCGCCGCCGUUCUACGAUUGCCGGCGCCAAAACUGUGCCACGUGCCCUCCCACAUGGCCUUGUGGGAGAGCCUCAGUACCGAUAAAGUUACUUUAUUUAAGUUUUUCUUUUUUCUUUUCCGAUUUCGUUUUGAUGACGUACACAAUGUACGUCAUCGGAACGGGGAAGGGUUAAACUCACCCCCCCCCCCCUGCCCCACACACUUCUAGGAACAAAAUUAUUAAUUCUUUCUCGGCCACGUGACACUUUGCCGUGCAGCUUGUAGCGUCAGGAGGUUUGGCCUCCGCCCCCGGGCGGAGCUGUCGAGGUGUGCGCAGAUGGUGCAACUGCACCGGGCCCCACGGGCUGGAGGAGCCCAUGGGUUAGAGGAGGCCCACGGACCGGAGGAGGCCGAGAGGCCAGAGUGGGCCCAGGCGCCAGGCUCCACAAGAAGGGAGACAUUCAGAGAGAAUUGCACCAGGGCACAUUGCCAACCACGCUGCACCACGUUGAUAUUGCCGUGUCUGUCUCUCUCUCUGUCUGUCUAUGAAGAGUCUCUGUCUGCUCACGACUGGCGUACACGCGUAAGGGCUGCUGUGACACGCACAUAAGUGUGCGAGUGUGUGUGUGUAUGUGCGAUCGCUCGCGCGUGCGCUGAUGAGGACGGUGAUGGUGAUUCGCAGAGCGUUCCACCACUUGAUCAGGCGUUUGGACCUCUGGAGGUUUUACCGGCGGGGCCACGCCGGUGUUUUACUUGGGGCCAUUUAAGUGCCACCCCCCCCCCCUCACCCACAAGUUUCCCGGGGCGUUAGGUUGAAGCGCCGCGCGUUGAUGUCGCUCGCUCCGCGGUGAAACGUCGCCCCGGCGUUUCCAUCGCGUUUGCUCGGCUUGGUUUGCACGCGACCAGGGAUACCUUGCGCACACACACACAGUGCACACACGCACACGCACGCAAGCACACACGCACGCAAGCACACGCGCACGCCAGCGCGACUGGGUGCGCACGCACGCGGCCAGCGCGCCGCGCUACUAUCCCAACCACCCAGAGUUCGAUUCCCACUCACGGCCAACAGUGGUGACGAUUAUCCGAACCUGUCCUGGGCCUCCCUUAGGUCGACUCAGCCUAAAAGGACUGUCUGGUGCGUUGUGUAAACAUCGGCACGGGGGAGACAAAGGCGGCCGGGCGUGAUGCUGGCCACCCACCCCCCCCCCGUGUACCUUGCCGGCCUUCAUAGGUGCUGCUUGCUAACAGCAAUUGCGCCCAACAGUCUGUUAAGGCUACACGGGUGAUCUUUGUCGUUGUGUGCCAAAUGGUGGUGAAAAUAAAAAUGCGUCGUGGAAGUGAAAGGCAGUUUCGUCCCGUUGGACAUCGUCAGUGGUUUCCUAAAAGCGUUUCUUAAAAAAAAAUGACCGCAUCGGUUUCGCUCGCACUACGUCUCAUCAGCAAUCCGCGGACCUGUUCAACCGUCCACCGUGGUUACCAGGCACCGACGAUUGCGUUGAUUCAUCGCUAAAUGUUAGUUCUCGCGAUACGCGUGUCGAAGCGUUCACUGUAAUCAAUCAUUUGCGAUGUAUGCAAAUUGUAUGCACCGAAUAUGCUCACGUUGUAUAAUUCGGCAAACCGAGUGAGCCCCGAUGUCAUUGAGACGCCAAUGUCGCGCGACAAAAAUGAGAGUCGAUGCCACAAUCGCAUGGAAACCCUGAUUCGUGACGUCACGGUUGCAUGGCAACCCUGAAUCUAUACGUCACAAACGCAUGGCGACCCUGAAUCGUGACGUCACAAUACAGGGUUUGCCACGCGAUUUAUCGUGAGUGGAGCGCAUCGGUUCGUCCGGAAUUUGUACCGUUCCUUAAAAUUAUGGGUU